AUGCUGCGUGCGGAUGUGCCGUGGGCGGCACGACAGCGGAUUCGCCGCCGCACGUGGGCGACAUCAAAAGAGCUACACUUCUGCAAUGACCGACAAGUACAUGUCGCCUUGUAUGUUGUAACAACGAUGAUCAUCUGGUUCUCCGAGCAGCUGAACACAGAACCUGGCGUUCGGCGUCAUGCUCCGAGGUGCGAGCGUACAAAAGCUCAACGUUGUAGCACACAUGAUUGGAGGUCUGGACGUUCUAAAAAACUGCAGAUUAUAGCAGCCAUGGUUGUCCUCAUGUCGUUCCAUCGGCGGGACCUGCGCAGCCGACCAUGGGGCAAUUCUGGGUAUACGCUGCUCGUGCAUAUGCUUGAGUACGUGGACGUGUCGCACCUGUGUACGUUCUAG